CUUCCAGGUUGUACUCUCGCGAUAUCGCAAGUGGAACGUGACUCAAAAUGGCGAUGGAACCCAAGCGCUAAUUCUCAAGCAGAAGUCCCCGCUGCAGCCCAUGAAUUAGUUUGUUAUUUUAUACGCAGAGAUGGAUAUUCGUAGAAAUGAAUCGGCUUCGUGGAUAAAUCGCUGCUGCAAACCUUAACACCGACUGUUUUUAUUCACUUACUCAAACUCGGAGAGGAGAGGGAAACUUCAAACAGGUAAAACGUCAACGGGAGCUAAGUUGUUAGCAUUUGAGCUAACAUUAAGCAAAGGUAGAUUUCUAAGUAAAUGUUUUAAAUGUUAACUCGCGAAGUGGUUGAAAACAACGCUUUUAUUUACUUUGAGUGACCUCCUUUGCAUCUCACUCAAUAAUCAUUAAAUGUGACUUGUAUAUUGUCGAUAACUAGUUGGUUGUUUCCCGUCAGUGGAAAACCCGCUGUAUUUUCCGCUGCGUGUUUAUAAACACAUUAAGUAUGAAAUAGGCUCUCGUUUUCAAUAGAUCACUCGGCUGGUAUUUAAAUAUUAUAGAAAAAUAAUCAUAAUGGUCACGGUUAGUAUUUUCACUGUUUAUUAGUAAAGAUUAUAUUGGUCAACAUAUUAAUCGCAAACAUGUAUGCAGUCUAAUGUACCCCAUACAACAACAGCAGCACCUUUUUUUUCUACUACAUCUGCCUGUUCAUUUAUUAUUGACAUGACCAGACAGAUUAUAUUUGUUCUUUGAAUUAAUUAUCAAAGUCAUCGUGAAUGCUGGUGGUGUGCUUGUGUGUUUCUCCUUAUAUUUGACUCUCUCAUGUUUGAUAUAGAAGUGGACAAAAACACAAGAAGCACUUUUUUAAAUUCAGCCCACUCUAGUACACCACAUCAGAAUCAGAACUACUUUAAUAAUCCCCAAGGGGUAAUUGCUUUUGUUACAGUACUCCAGUGCAAAUACUAUAAAAAGAGGAGAUAAACAAAAAUAAAAAAUAAAAUAAAUGAAAUUAAUAAUAAUAAGUAAAAAUAUAGAGAUCAAUAGAUAAAAUAAGCAAAAAUGUUGAGAUAAUAUAAAAGUAUUUACACUAUAAACAACACAAAUAGUAACAUUGUAGGCAUGUGAGUGAGCAGAGUCCAGGUAAAGACUACUGACAAGUGCUUUAAUCACCUGUUUGCUCAUGUCAACUAAAACCAAAAAUGUGUGUUUCAGUGUUCCUAAAAUAAGAAUUUGUGUCAGAGCUCAUGUAUGUAGUGUAGAUGUAACACCUUUAAGUACCAUUAUAAAGGACAAAAUUAGAAUUUAAUGGUUUUUCAUCAGAGUCACACAGGGGUGUGUCUGUCUGUCUGGAUGGCCCUCCUUCUAUGUGCACUGGGUAAUAUUAGACUCACAUAUUUGCAUACUCCUAAUAUUUUUAACACAGCUUUCACAAUGUUUGUCAGGCUCUAAGAUUGUGACAAUCUUGACUUUUUUAAUUAUUGCCACAGAGAAAAUGUCAAAAACAAGUUGAUUUCAAAUUUAUUGCAGUCUCCAGAACAAACUGAAUGUAUUUAUUUGAAGCUAAGUAUUUUUUGUGAAGAUAAUCGUUACUCAUACUUCUAAUGGAUUAACAUAAUAUGAUACUCAUAGAUCUCUGUUCUUGGUCAGCUAUGGCAGAGGAUCGUCGGCAGAAGCAAUGCUCGGUGGUCUUACCCACAGAGUCCAUGAAAGCCAUGGCAGAAUCUGUGGGAGUGGGGCAGUUACAGGAGGAAAGCUGCGUAGCCCUGAGUGAAGAAGUCAGCUACAGAAUUAAGGAAAUCGCACAGGUUAAAAUCCAGAUGAUUCUUUCAAAUAUUUAGAUUUUUUUUUUUCUUUUCUUGUCCAGAUCUGUUUUGGAUCCAAGACAUCACCUCAAUUUUUUAUAACUGGGUACUCUUUUCUCUCUCUCUCUCUCUCUCUCUCUCUCUCUCUUGUACAGGAUGCCCUUAAAUUCAUGCAUCACGGCAAGAGACGUAAACUUACCACCAGUGACAUUGAUAAUGCUCUCAAACUAAAAAAUGUGGAGGUAAGAGAGAAUAUCCAUCAUCUAAUUUUAAGAAGGCAUUUUUAUUAUUGUUUGAUUUAACCACCGCAUGGACAUGAUUUGAAAGGCAACAUAAAACUGAUCUUUAACCCAACCCUUUUCUUCUUGUUUAAGCCGAUGUAUGGGUUCCAGUCUCAAGAGUUCAUACCUUUUCGCUUUGCAAGUGGUGGUGGAAGAGAGCUUCAUUUUUAUGAGGAAAAGGAAGUGGAUCUUAGUGACAUUAUUAAUACCCCCCUCCCCAGAGUUCCUCUAGACGUGUCCCUAAAAGGUAUCCAGAUUCAUACACAGUUAUGCUGAGAGAUGUUAUUUUUCUGUUAGACUGUGUGCUGAGAUGAUUUGUGAGCUUACACGUCUUGUUUGCUAUUCAUCUAUAGCCCACUGGUUAAGUAUUGAGGGGGUGCAGCCUUCUAUUCCAGAAAAUCCCCCGCCUGGUGAGUCCUAUUUAAAUCGUCCUUUUCAAACAUUAAAUGAAGUGUCCAGCUUUAACAGUUUUGGGUUCUACUCCUCUCAUUUUAGCAACAAAAGAGCAACAAAAGGUUGAAUCCACUGAGCCCCUUAAAGUGGUCAAACCUGGUCAGGAGGAGGAAGGUGCAAUUCAAGGGAAGGGUCAGGGGGCAGCAGCUGCUGAUGGCAAAGGUUAGUUUAUCAUCCUUCUGUUCUCUACUUCUUCGUUUCCUUUUCCCCUCCCCAAUACUCUGUAAUCAUAUAUAUAUGCGCUUUAUAUUUGUUUGUUUUUUUUCUCAGCUAAGGAGAAAGGUUCCAUCAGGUUGAAACCACGCAGCACUCAUGAGCUGUCUGUGGAACAGCAGCUCUACUAUAAGGAAAUCACAGAAGCAUGUGUUGGCUCCUGCGAGGCUAAGAGAGCUGUAAGUCCUGUCUUUAUGGAGAUGAUCUUUGUUUUCUCUCAUUUUGCUUUGAUACAAAGCCACAGUGUAUUGCAUGCUCCAUUAUAAUGCUCUAAAGAGAUUACAUUACACAAGUCACUGGAUGCAAAUGAAAAAUAAUGUUAUAUUUUAGAGCUGUGCCUGUGCUCAUGUCCCUUUUACUAGCUCAAUGUUUUCUCCUCACGCAGGAAGCUCUGCAGAGUAUUGCUACAGAUCCUGGACUGUACCAGAUGUUGCCAAGAUUCAGCACAUUUAUAUCUGAAGGAGUAAGCAUCUGUUGUAACUUAUUGUUAAUCUCUGCAAUAUGAAUCCCCCCCCAUGUAACAGAAAAAUGGUCAAGUACUGACUUUGUGCUUUUCUUAAGGUUCGUGUAAAUGUGGUGCAAAACAACUUAGCUCUGCUGAUUUAUCUAAUGCGGAUGGUCAAAGCUCUAAUGGACAACCCAACUUUGUAUUUGGAGAAAUAUGUGAGUGAAAGCAUCAUGGAAAUUAUAUAUUUUUUAUAAGUAUAAGUUCAGAAAACACAAAAUCCAAUGCUGUCCUUUUUGAUCUGUAUUUGCAGCUGCAUGAGCUCAUCCCAGCUGUUGUAACGUGUAUUGUGAGCAAGCAGCUGUGUUUGCGACCGGAUGUCGACAACCACUGGGCCUUACGAGACUUUGCUGCUCGCCUCAUGGCCCAAAGUUGUAAAACCUUCAGUACUACAACCAACAACAUCCAGUCACGUAUUACCAAGACUUUAACUAAGGUGGGUUAUUUAGCUGUAUGUUUUUUUCCACGUUAUUAAAAGUCUGAUAUGAAGAUGAAAGCCGCUCAAAUACUAACCCAGACUGAUGUGCUUUCUUAGAGCUGGUUGGACGAUAAAACACAGUGGACGACACGUUACGGCUGUAUCGCUGGACUUGCUGAACUUGGAGCUGAUGUGAGUGUAAUUACAUUUUUUGCCCGUCUUCAUCAUUUCUGCACCUCUCUGUCAGUGCCAACCUUUUGAUUUUGUCCUCAUGCAGGUGAUCAAGACUUUGAUUCUUCCUCGGCUAACUGUAGAGGGUGCUCGCAUCAAAGCGGUGAUGGAAGGACCGGUGGUUUCCAAUAUAGACAAGAUAGGAGCUGAUCAUGUUCAAAGCCUCUUACUGGUAAAAACUCCAGAUUGAAACAUUUAUUUGACAGACAGAGAAGCGAAUGAAUCUGUUAUGUUGAAGGGAAUUUUUCUUGAACACACAUAGGCUAUUUCAGAAUAUGCUAGAAGUAGACAAAGAUACAUUACUAUAUGAAAUCAAUGAAUUAUACUAUUUAUAUAAUUAAAAAUAUGUUUGUUUUUUUCAAAGAAACAUUGUGCAAGUGUCAUAGCAAAGAUCCGACCUCAGCCUGACACCAUGGAGGCAUAUCGGACAGAUUAUGGUUACCUUGGAUCCAUGCUGUGUUCUCAUGUAAUGAAGGCCAGGACCCAGGCAGCCCUGCAAGCUCAACAAGUCAACCGAACCACAUUAACAAUCACCCAGGUAUAUCAAAUAAUGAGUGAAAAUAUGUUAUAGGUUUAACUCAACGUGAAAAAAAAAUCAUUGCAUAUACAGAAACCCAACGCACAGCUGUGAUGAAAUGAAUGAUUAAUAUUCCUCCUGCAGCCUCGUCCCACCCUCACAGUCUCUCAGAGUGGGUUAAGUGGGUCAACUGGGCCUCGCACUCCCAGCAUCAUCAAGGUACCGAGCUCGCUCACCCUGAUGUCGCCUCGACCAGGGACCCCAUCACAGCCGUCUCCCCCAGCAACCAAGUACAUUGUCAUGGCAACCAGCGCUGGGGCUGCCUCAACUCAGCAGGUAAUUUUAUUUUUCCAGUUUCAGAAAAAAAGUAACAGUCAAGAGAAAUCACUGUGGAAACCUUUGCUGAGGUCCUUUUUAAGAGCCAUGAUUUGAUAUGACAAAAUAUUCUAGUGACGAUAUGAACUUAAAUAGUUGUGUGUGGUUAGUAUGACACUUCAGGGCUUAAUGACUUAAAUUCGUAGGAUUUACUGAGAUCAUGUCCUCUUUGUAAAAUCUUCAACUCCAUUAAGUUUGAAUUUAACGUCCUUUUUCUGUUUUUCGCUCUAGGUGAUCACCCUCAGCUCCUCACAGUCAGCCUCACCGGUCACUAGCACUGUUCCCAGUGCUACAUCCACCCUGCAGCCUUUGGUAAAACUGGAGUCUGGCAGUGGUGCUGGAUUGACAGGUCCAAGACCAGUUCAAAAGUACAUAGUGGUGUCUCUGCCUUCAUCUGCCUCUUCCUCUCUGGAGACCAAAAGCUCUGUGCUACCAACCUCAAUCUCCUCAACCUCACUAGAAGCAGGAAUGAAGCUUGACCGAUCUGAGUCUCCUGGAGCAAGCACACAGUCACCACACUGAGACUUAUGAGUAGUGGAUAUUUUUUAACCGUGAAGGUGCAGCUGAACACAUAGGGAAGUUGGGUUUGGGCUGAACUUAGAUGGAUAUACCCUGGAGUGAUAUGAAGGGGGAUAUCUGAACUUUUUGACUGAUAAAAAGCAAAUGUGACCAGGUGUUGUAAAUAUGUUGAUGCCCCAUGAAAACUGAGGUCCCUUUGUGAGAUCUGUAAUGUUUCAGCUUAUAUUCUAAUGAUUUCAUGUUCUUUUGUACUCUAAAAUAAAUCAGAUUUUGUAUGAAAUCCCUUAUCUGAAGGGUUGUUUUAUUAUUGAGCUGUGGUCUGACAUUAGCAAAUUUCACUAAUCUAAAAACAAACAAGUGACUAAAUCUGAUUUGAUGAUAGGUCUCCUAAAUUUUAAAGUUACAGAGCAGAAGUGUUGAAAUGCAAAAUCAGGUUGCACAUUUACAAUACUUCACUAAGAGUGACCUAAGUAUGGCUCCUAAGACAUGCAACAUAAAAGGGACCCCCCCCAUAAACAGUGCCACUGCAAAUAAAAGUAUGAAAUUAAAAGACUGAGUAACGUAAAAA